CAGUCCAGUCUUUCUUGGAGAUGGGAAAUGGUAAUUCAUUAGGUAGUAGAAUGUGGGGGCAGAAAAGAAUAAAUAUCACUGAUCACAGAGAGACAGACAGAAAAAAAUACUCUCACUUCCACAUAUAAUCCCAAUUUAGACCCUUCAAUCAACCUAACCUUUCUGUCUGUGUACUGUGAGGGAAACAGGAGAAACCUCAGAAAACUCAUGCAAAUGCAGGCCACUCCACUGGUAUGCAAUGAUCACACUAGAAUACCUGCAAGAUUGGUACAAACAUCAAUAAAACUAGCAUUUAUCAAAUAACUAAAAACAUAUAGUGUCACAGUAAAAUUAGAGUUUUGGAGGAAAGCAUCUUGAAGAACAAAGUCAAAGGUGACUAAGGGCCAUUUGAAUUGUAUUUGAAAGUGUGCAGAGUUCCUAUUGGUCAGCUGGAUGUUGAGGUGUGUGUAGGUGGCACUGAUCACAUAGCUGGUUGCUAUAAAAGCAGGGUGAUUGCUGUUCAGCAGCCACGGAUCACAUCAUAAACUGACUGAUAGCAAAUACGGUCUCUGAAAACUGAUCUGUGUGGCUUGUUGUCCAAACAGUAACAGAUAUGGGAAAAAGCAACUUUAAACUGGCACUAUACCUCGUACUCAUUGCUGCCUGUGGCUUGGAAGGAAGCAUUGAACGUAACACACAAAUUUAUAUGGGGAAAAAGAACUGGACACAAGCACGACUAUUCUGCCAGACAAAUUAUGUUGACUUGGUUACUUGGGACAUGAUAAAUAUGAAUGUUAUGAUACCAUUUUUGGGCAAAAUGAAUAUCCCAUACAUUUGGAUUGGUCUACUCAGAGAUCCUGAAGAUGACUCAGUCUGGAAGUCUAUAAAUCUAAGAACCGGUAAAGGUGUCUCAGGUGAUGACCUCUCACGUACCAUCAAAUGGGCCUCUGCACAGCAGGACUACUGUGCAGUUGUAGGAAAUGACCUCAUGUGGUACAGUGCACAAUGUUCAAGUAUCAAUAAUGUCUACUGUUCCCAAGGUGAUGUAAUCCAGUACCACAGUGUUAUGCUCAGUUGGUAUGACGCUGUAAAGUACUGUAUGGAAAACUAUGGUUACCUAGCCACUGUCACCCAGGUAAACUCAGGUGAUAUUGACAAAGGGGGCUGGAUUGGACUGUAUCGAGUGGGGGGCAAGACCUGGAACUGGACGGGUAGUUUAGGAUCUAGCUACAGAAACUGGGCACCAGGACAGCCAGUCACUGCAGACUGUGGCUCUGUAGUUGCUUCUACCGGAGGCUGGGUAGCCUAUGCAUGCUCUAAAGAGUUUUACCCUUUUUGUUUUGUUGACAACCUGGUGGUGGUGAAUGAGAACAAGACAUGGGAGGAUGCCUUGAUUCACUGCAGAAGGAUGAAAACAUCAUGUUCUGGCUGUAAGUACGACCUCCUGAGCCUGACCGAUGUCUCUCAGUACAACUAUGUCAGAGACAGGAUCUACAGAGCAACUACUGAUGAGGCUUGGAUUGGCUUGCGCUUCAUGGGAGGAAAAUGGUUUUGGUUAAAUGGAGACAAACCAGGUCCCAAAGAUAUGCUGCCAGACUGUCCGCCCAACUGGGAACACUGUGGGACUUUGUCCAAAUUUGACACAAACAGCAUGUGGAUGAUCAGGGACUGCGCAGAAAGAAGAAACUUUGUCUGCAUACAAGUAACCCCAUAGUCAAUGAAACUGGCAGCUUAACAUCAAAUGCUACAAUAAUGCUUGUUCUAUCAGUUCUUUAGCAUAUAUUUAAUUAGUGUAUACCUCUAAGUUUGAUUUUAAUAUUAUUAGUCCUUUCAUUGUAACACAUUUUAUGCAAUAUACUUAUGUAACGAUCUCUGAAAACAAUGGUGUACUCUGAGGUUGUAGAUACUUUGAAAUGAGAAGUGCAGAUGAUGUUUCACUUGUUGUGUUUAAACCUCUGCAUCCAACAUAUAAAUUGUCUCGGUUUGCCUUGCUUUUCAUUUAUAAUUAAUUUUUCAUUACCAUGAAAUCAUGACUUGCUGCUGCUACAGUGGUGCAGGCUCCUAAUGUUGGCUCUGUUGAGGUUAUAGUAAAAUAUUUCAAUUCAACAACCAUCUCAAACAACUCUAGCUCUCAAAACAUGUGAGAAUAUUAUUUAGUUUUUUAAAAUACUCAGUCUGUACUGAUAUAUUUCUUGUUUGC